GUGCGCCCGGCCGGCCGGUCCCGCCUUCAGCGGCUAUUCGCUGCCACAGGACUACGACCGCAGCCAGUCGCCUGCCGCCUUCACUAAGACCGGACCGCCGCUGGAGGUGAAACUAAGAGCCCGCGUCAUCGACGUCUUGACCAUCAACGAGUUCCAGUCGGACCUCAGCGUGGACAUGGUGCUGUACCGGCGCUGGCUGGAGCCCCGCGUGAGCCUCCAGCAGCCUCUGGAGCCGGGCCGCUACUAUGCCCUGGAGCCACGCGACUCUGCCCUCCUGUGGACGCCGGACCUUUACGUGAUGGGCGUGCGGCACUUCUCCAGCAGGGACGACGAGAUGGCGGUCCGGCACUUGCGCCUGCUGUACGGCGGGUACCUGGAACACAUCAUCAGGGCUACCAUCGUCAUGAAAUGCAGUUUUGAUUUCCGGCCCUACCCAUUCGACGUGCAGGAGUGCAACAUGGAUUUCAUGUCCCCGCUGCAGACGACGGAGGAGCAGCGGUUCUCGUGGUACGACGAGGCGCGGCCGGUGGGCUUCUACAGCAGGCCGCAGGCCGCGUCCCAGCUGCUGCCGCAGUACGAGGUCGUGCUGACGCACUGCCCCGCCGCCUUCACCACCCCACACGUCUCCGGCAACGUGUCGUCGCUGCGGCUGUGGCUGCUGCUGCGUCGCGACGUGCGCGCGCCGCUGCUGGAGCUGUACCUGCCCACUGGGCUGUUCGUGUGCAUGUCGUGGGGCAGCUUCCUGGUGCGGCCCGCCAUGGUGCCCGGCCGCAUGGUGCUGCUCGUCACCACCCUGCUCUCGCUCGUCACGCUCUUCGAGUCCUCCAGGUCGACUGCACCCCCGUCGCAAGGAGUGAAGAGCCUGGACGUGUGGCAGCUGUCGUGCAUCGUGUUCGUGUUCCUGGCGCUGGUGGAGUACGCCGCCAUCUUGUACUGCCUUCGCGGCCCCUUCCGGCAGCAUCGCCACGCCUGGGCCUCCACCGUCCGCGUAGUUCCAAGCUCGGCCACCACCCAUCGUACAAGCGCUACUCCCAAGGCAAAGAGCGGCAGCGCCAACGGCAGAACGCGGAAGCUGUCGUGGCGCGUGCGCAGUGCGGCUCGCCGGCUGCACAGGUGUCUGCGCGUGCGCAGUACGACGCCCACCCCUGGAGUGGCCGAAGCUGGCGCCGGCAGCAGUGCAGGUGGCGGUGGGGACAGUGGCGGCUGGUGCCUGCAGGACCGCGUCGCCCUCGUCGCCUUCCCCGUCUGCUUCCUCGUCUUCAACGUCGCCUACUGGAGCGCACACCUCUCCAUCCACCAGAAGGAGCGCAUCGCCUGCAAGCCCACCGCCUGA